UGCGUAAAUAUGGCGGAUAGCAACUGAUAAGUAAUGUGUGUUUAUAAAGUACAGUAAUGGGCACGUUCUCAUCUGCUAUAUUAGUCUGAUCCUUUUAAAGUGUAUAUCGAGCAUGCUUGUUUAAUAUAGAACAUUUGGUGAACAGUUUCACCAUAUAAAUAUUCAGCUAUGUGCAGACUUGCAAGAGAAGUGAUUACACUUUGUUGUAGGUAGCUAGGCUAGACGUAUGUAGCAUGUAGCAGUUAAUGGUUGUUAUGGAUUUCUUGAACGAUGCUCAAGUGACACGUAGCUAAUGAGUCGAAUGUAAAGUUGCAACAUUUGGAACGUUGCUGAGUGAAAUUAGUUUUGGGUUCGUUGGUUCGAGUAGCAAGGGUUAACACUAUCCAGCAAGUUGGCCAUCUAUGUAGAAGCAACUUCACUCUGAACGUAUUUUAUUCUGUUUGAUUAAGUAUGCAUGAAACAUUUGUCGAGAACUAUUUCUUGUUAGUCACAUUUCUUUAAUGUAAAGGGGCGUUGGAUGACAUGUGUAAGAGUAAAUAUGAACUCCAGUUUCACAAACCGUAUCGUCGAAAUUCAGACUGUUGCAGGGCAAUUCUUUCGUCAGUUUUCGCGAGAUAACUGAUUUCCCAAGUGUUUGUUAAUGAUGAGACAAUAUAGACUGUGAGAUACAUCUGGAAAGCUUCACGUUAUUAAGCCGCGCUUUAGGGUUCAGGUAGGUUGAAGCCUUACAACAGAACGCUUCCAUAUUUUCAAUGGAAAGUAGAGAAUGCGAAACACAAUGGAGCAACAGACACGGAGUUAUUGUAAGGAAGCGGAAAGCUUCAGUGAAAAUGGGUGAGCUAAACUUAAUAACUGAGAAGACCGAAGAUGUAAUAACUCCGAAGACGAACGAACAACGGAGUGACUCGCAGUCUCCUUUCAAUGGCGUAAUGAAACCAACACUAAAGUUAAAACCCUGCACUACAAACACAGACAAGCGGAGCACAAUCUAUGUCUUUCCGUUGGUGGUGUUAGCAUCUUUUGCCACACGCUUUUACUUGAUCCUGGAACCACCCCAUAUAUGCUGGGAUGAGACUCACUUUGGGAAAAUGGGCAGCUACUACAUCAACAGGACUUUCUUCUUUGAUGUCCAUCCACCACUGGGAAAAAUGCUGAUUGGUUUAGCCGGGUACAUGACUGGCUAUGACGGCACCUUUCCGUUUGGAAAACCAGGAGACAAAUAUGAACACCACAUCUACUGGGGCAUGAGGGGGUUCUGCGCGCUCCUGGGCUCCUGCCUGCCCCCUUUCGCCUACCUCACAGUGCUGAACCUUUCCCAGUCCCCCGCAGCUGCCCUCAUCUCUGCCUCCCUGCUCGUCUUUGACACUGGUUGUAUCACCAUCUCCCAAUACAUUCUAUUGGACCCCAUCCUCAUGUUCUUUAUAAUGGGCUCAGUGCUGAGUAUGGUCAAAUUCAACCAGCAGAAAGACAGGCCCUUCAGCGCCCCCUGGUGGAUAUGGUUACUGCUGACAGGAGCGAAUCUUGCCGGAGCACUAGGGGUGAAGUUUGUGGGGCUGUUUGUCAUCCUACUGGUGGGACUGAACACUGCGUCGGACCUGUGGGGGCUGUUGGGGGACCUGGAGAUUUCUAUGACGGAGCUGGGGAAGCACCUCCUGGCCCGUGUGUUCGGGCUGAUCGUCGUCCCGCUCUCUUUGUACAUGACUGUCUUUGCUGUCCACUUUGUCAUCCUGAACAAGAGCGGUCCUGGAGACGGCUUCUUCAGCUCAGCCUUCCAGUCUCGGCUGCUUGGGAACAACCUGCACAACGCCUCCAUGCCCGAGUAUCUAGCGUACGGCUCGGUCGUCACGGUGAAGAACCUGCGGAUCGCGGGCGGGUACCUGCACUCCCACUGGCAUCUGUACCCGGAAGGGGUGGGCGCCCGCCAGCAGCAGGUAACCGCCUACCUCCACAAGGACCUCAACAACCUGUGGGUGGUCCGGAGGCCCGACAGUGCGGGCAGUGAGGACGACCAAUCUGGACCCCCGAAGCGUGUCCGUCACGGUGACAUCAUCCGGCUGGAGCACAAAGAGACCACUCGAAACCUCCACAGUCACUUCCACGAAGCACCCCUCACCAAGAAGCACUUCCAGGUCACGGGCUACGGGAUUAACGGGACGGGGGACCCCAAUGACCUGUGGCAGGUGGAGGUGUGCGGGGGGCGGAAAGGCGACCUGAUCAAGGUGCUGCGCAGCAAAGUGCGCUUCCUCCAUCGCUCCACGGGCUGCGCACUCUACUCCACCGGCAAGACCCUGCCCAAGUGGGGAUGGGAACAGGUGGAAGUGACCUGCAGUCCGUACCUGAAGGAAACGCCCAACUCCCAGUGGAACAUUGAGGAUCACAUCAACCCCAAGUUGCCAAACAUUAGCCUGUCGGUGCUGAAGCCUUCCUUCCUGGAGAUUCUUUUCGAGUCUCACAUCGUCAUGAUCAGGGGCAACAGUGGUCUGAAGCCCAAAGACAAUGAAAUGAACUCUAAGCCAUGGCACUGGCCUAUCAACUAUCAGGGCCUGCGAUUCUCUGGAGUGAAUGAGACGGAGUAUCGUGUGUAUCUGCUUGGAAACCCUGUGAUCUGGUGGCUCAACCUGUUCAGUCUGGGGCUGUACGCGUUCAUGGUGUCUCUUGCUUCCCUGCUGAUCCAGAGAGGGGUCUCUUUGGCCGAGAGGAACAUGGAGCGCAGCAGGGUGCUCAAAGGGGCCGGGGGCCUGCUGUUCCUGGGCUGGCUGCUGCACUACCUGCCCUUCUACGGCAUGGGCCGCAUCCUCUACUACCACCACUACUUCCCCGCCAUGCUGUUCAGCAGCAUGCUCACAGGGGUCACCUGGGACGCCUUGCUGCAAUGUGGUGACCUGCUGCUACCCCCGUCUGUCGCCUACUGUCUUCAAAGAGGGGGCCAAACCCUGCUGCUCUUGGUCGUCCUCUACAGUUUUUACCUGUUCCACCCUCUCUCCUACGGCAUGAGGGGACCUCUGGCCCAUGAGCCAGGUAGUCCAAUGGCUGGCCUCAAGUGGAUGGACUCCUGGGAGUUUUAAUGACCCUGAAGAGGAGGAAAACAUUGACUGUUUGACUAGAGCCCCAAAACACUGCCUUAAUUUUACGUGAACUCUCGUAACACUACAGCGCAUUCUUUUACAUGCUACUCUUCGAGGUAUGGUGAGGUUAAGAUGUGCAGUUCUUGCACGUGUAGCGAACCUUCGACUGAUAACCCGUGACUGAUGAGCAAUGUCACUUUGUGUAUAAUUGUGUGUCUAUCGAUGUGUGUAGACAUGUGUUGUCCACAAAUGUAAAUUGAUCUAUAUUCAUAGACACUACAUGAUAUUUAUUUUAAAGUAUCCAGCCAAGAACACUGAGUUUGUCUUAAUUAGCAAGACAAAAUUGUAUAGACUGAUAUUCUGUAUGACUGUAUUUGUAGUUGAAUUGCACUUUGUCCUUAAAUUUCAUCCCAAUUUGGAAUGCUCGGCUGUUUUUUAAGCCAGUCACUGCUUUGUCCUUCAGCGGUUUUGGGGAGUGCACACUAGCACGUACGCAUUCCCCAAAAGUGCUGCCAGCUGCCAUUUUAGUCAGCAAUCCAAUUGUUGAGAGCUUCACAGGCCUUGCACAGCUAGCAUGGGCAAAUGGUCGGUGCCCAAUCAACUGAAGAAUGUGGCUCGCUCUGUCACACCUUGGCUAUGGAACUAUCCAGAUUAGAUUCCAGACUGGGAAUAUCACUGUUCUAAUAGCAAGUGCCUAAGAUGCCUACACAUUUCAACUGCCAACUAAGCUGGUUUAAUAUAAUUUAUUUGAAUUUUGUUAUAUCCUCAUUUUUCUUUAAUUUAAUUUCCAAUUAUAAUAAUAAUUCCAAAGCUUUUCCCCCCUUUACCUUUUCUGUUCAUUUCAACAACCAUUGAACUUGUGAUGCUGUUCAUGCAUUGAUGUGGAAAAAAAAAAAAUAGGGAAAAGUGUUUCAUAGAUUUACUAUUUUUGCAUAAAGCUAUUUGAAUUCUUACUUGCAGGAAAACUUUGUUCACAGAAAUAAGACCUUAAAAUGUUGGUAUGUGUUUUUGUGUGUGAGGAGCUGAGCACACCUGAAAACUCUGGAGUACUGUGGUAUAACUUUACUCUAGUAGUACUGUAGUAUUAGUGAGGUCCAGAUGAAUUUCAUGUAACACUAUGACUAGUUUACACUACAGACUGAAUUAGAAUACAUAGACAAGUGCCUUUGGAAAGGAUAUGUUGACCUCUAAUGUGAAACGCUAGUGUUUUUGUCAUGUAUGCGUAAGUCUGAUUGUAUUUUUUGUUUUAGUUAUAUUCUUGAAUUCUGAUUUGUGAUCCAGUAUUUUGUUUUCCCAUUUAAGAAUGGGAAAAUUUGGUUUGUUUAAUGAUUUUCACAUUAUCAGGCAAAGUGGUCAGUGUGUUUCUUGCUAAUCCAUAAUUCUAAUAUUUUCGCCUCCUUUGGGAUUCACUUAAAAUGUAUGUUUGGCGUGAAGGCAAUAGGUUGAGAAUUUGUGUUGUUAAUAAGUGUACAAUGUUGCUAUUUAAAAGUGCUUUGUGUUGUUUUUGUUGUUUUGUUUACUCCAAACAAAACAGAAGGGAACUAGCUACUUUAGUUAUUUUACAUUUUGGUCAGUCACAUUUAAUAAAGGUCUACUCUAUUCCUUA